GGCUGGGGGUGGGGCGAGCGAGGGGCAGGUCCCCCGGGCAGGCAGAGCAGCGCGGGGUGCGUCCGCGAGGCGUCCCAGGAGGAAAGGGCGUCGGCCCCAGGGCCGUUAGAGCUGAGGCUAAAGGGGAAUGGCGUGCACCGCCCGGACAGCCCUCGGCUCUCUAGAGGAGAAGACGGAUUAGGACGCCUCGUUCCCUGAGCCCUCCCUUUGACAAAGUGGGCGGAAGACCCGACACCUCAGCCUUUGCAAGGAGGAGCCCCCUCGCUGCUCCGCCUCUCUCGGGGUGAAGCGUGGAAGCCUGCUGGAGGCACCGUCUGCGAAACGGGCAGAGAGAGGAGAGCGGGCACGAGCACCCAGCGGUUCUGGUUGAAGAAGCCCUUUUAGGGAGACUUUCUCCCUUUAGAAGAAAUUCCACUGAAGUCAAGCCCAUCAGCCUCAUACCCACACGGCGUCAUCCCCAGUGCCUCACCCCUGGGCGCACGCGACCCGCUCCGAAGAUUAUGUGUCAAGUCUAGAGAGGGCGCUGCUCUAACCUGGCCCGGAGCUCCUCCCUCCCCCGCUCCCGCAAAUGCUGAAGGCCGCGCGUGUCCCCAGGCUUGGCGUCCGUCUUUACUGCUGCGGCGCGUGCCGUGGUUCAGGUUGUAUUCUCUGUGGCAGUUCCCAAGGUGGCUGGAAUCCACUGGAGGUGCAGAGAGUGCUCGCAGCCGCCUUCCCCAUUCUUGGAGCAGGAGCUGAACGCAGCGGGGAGCUGCUCCAACCGAAUCCUUCACGCCCCAGUUGACGACUCCGCUUUGGAGGUUUCGCAGUAGGGGCUGCACGUCCCUCGGGUGCAUGGGGAGAGGUGACCUCGCGCCAGCCGCCGGUGUCCCGCGAAGGCCAGCCGGUGCGGCCGCCGCCCGCUGAGCGCUGUCUUCGUCGCGGCUCGGGCCUGGCAGGGCGCGGCCGGGAGGAGGAUGCUGAGCUCCAUCAAGUGCGUGCUGGUGGGCGACUCCGCCGUGGGCAAGACCUCUCUGCUGGUGCGCUUCACCUCCGAGACCUUCCCCGAGGCCUACAAGCCCACGGUGUACGAGAACACGGGCGUGGACGUCUUCAUGGACGGCGUGCAGAUCAGCCUGGGCCUCUGGGACACGGCCGGCAACGACGCCUUCCGCAGCAUCCGCCCGCUGUCCUACCAGCAGGCCGACGUGGUGCUGCUGUGCUACUCCGUGGCCAACCAGAGCUCGUUCCUGAACCUGAAGAGCAAGUGGAUCGGGGAGGUCAGGAGCAACCUGCCCUGCACCCCUGUGCUGGUGGUGGCCACGCAGACCGACCAGCGGGAGACGGGGCCGCACAGGGCCGCCUGCGUCAACGCCGUCGACGGGAAGAGACUGGCGCAGGACGUGAGGGCCAAGGGCUACCUGGAGUGCUCGGCGCUCAGCAACCGCGGCGUGCAGCAGGUGUUCGAGUGCGCAGUGCGCACCGCCGUCAACCAGGCGCGGCGGCGCCGCCGGCGCAGGCUCUUCCCCAUGAACGAGUGUAAGAUCCUCUGAGCCCGGGAGGCCUCGCCGGCACGGGCGCACCCGCCGUGAGCGCGCAGAGGCAGAGCGGGCGGGCCAGGAGGGGUCGGCGCGCCUUCUGGGCGCGGCUGGAGCAGAGCUUCCUUUUGGACGCAGUUACUGCAAGGCGUGGCUGCUACACUCUGCAGAUGGCCGCCUUGCGGUCCGUUGGGAAAUCCAGUGGGAAGCUGUAAUGAAUAUCCCAUCUUCAUUAAAAGAAUGAAAUACGCCGGCGUGCAGCGGCACGCGCCUGUAGUCCUGGCUGCUUAGGAGACCGAGGCAGGAGGACGCUGGAACCCGGAGUCUGAGGCCGCUGCGAGCUACGGCGACGCCACUGCGCUCCAGCCCGGGCGACGGGGGGAGACCCUGUCUCAAAAGAAUAGACGAAACAAGAAAAACGAGAAACCAUAAAAAAUUAAAAUGCUCUCUAUAAUUUUGGACAACAAAGUGAA